AUGUCUUCUCGUUUAACGCUAUCGUUAUUGCCUCAUAAUUUGGCUGUUUGUCGGUUGCAAGCGGACAGCAAGAUACCUGAGUGGGCUACCAUUAGUCAUUCCUUUAUUUCUAUAACAAGAACAUCGGAUGAACUAUCCAUUGUCUGCCAAGAUGAUAUUGUACCUACGGAUGUGCAAGCUGAAAGGCGUUGGAAGAUAUUUAAAGUAGAAGGGCCUCUCGAUUUCUCCCUCACUGGAGUCUUGUUCAAAAUUUUACAACCAUUAGCGGACGCUAAUGUCAGCAUUUUUGCUCUUUCGACCUACGACACCGAUUAUAUUAUGGUAAAAGAAGAAAAGUUGGAACAGGCUAAGCAGCUUUUAUCCAACAAGUAUCAUGUGCAAGUGCAAAAGAUACCAAGCUCGUUAGGCUUGAGAUGUAGAACUGGUCAUUGA